ACGUCUCACCAGAAAACGCAAUCACCGGCUAGAAAGAAAACUGUCAACAAAGAUGACAAUGUAAAUUGAAGACCAAGAUUAGCUCAAAGUCGAUGUAUUGUUAGAACAAAUGAGAUCACAAGUGUGUGCGAAUAAACAAAGUGAAUCCUACUCUUGUCUCUUAUCAGACUCCUUAGAAGUAAGGGGGAAAGGGAAAGCAAACCGCAGAGAUAACAAAGCGGCCAAAAACCGCAAAAGAAAAGAGCGGAGAAAAAUCAAAGACAAAAAGCGCUUUUUUAACGCCAUUGAAUCACGCAAACAGUAUAUCAAA